UAGACCACAGGGUCACAUCAGUCCCAGUGCGUCCCAGCUAACCGCAGCAGGGCUCUGGCUCUGGGUGGUGGUGAUGAACACCUCCAGCUUCAGGCUGACAUAAGAGCUGGACAACAGCCAGACCCUGACAGCUGAUCAUGAGUCAUUGGCCGCUGCCAGCGGAGGCGUGGAGCCAACUGUAACUAAUCUCCUGGAAGGUCCUGCUGCCAGCGGAGCCUCGUGAUGUCUCCAGCCCAAUCAGCUGGAACACGCUGCGGGAUUCGCUUCGGAUGCAUUGCUGCGUUCUGUCCCGCAUCCACGCUUGGCUGACAGCCCGCAGCAUUCCCAGGCAGGUUCCCCCACCGGAGAGCUGUGUUUGAGAGCUCAGCCAUAGAAGUCCCGCUUUCUGCGCUGAAGUCCACUGCUUCGUUUGAGGAGAUCAAAGUUGGUGCAAUGGAGACUUCCGGUGGUGGAGCUGCGGACGCGUACCUGCGCAAGGAUGAAGAGCCCGAUGGUUUUUAUGAUCCGGAACAUCUUCCUCCUCUGCUGGAGGAUGAGGAGAACGUUUCCCUGGCAGACCUUCUCUCUUUGCGGGACAGCUGCCUCUGUGAGGAGGAGGUGUGGGCUGUGUGUGCAGAGUGUGUGCUGGCCCUGCAGAGCAUCAGACCCUCCCACCUCUUCUACACACUGUGCAUCACACCAGACACUCUGGCCUUCAACGCCCAUGGAAACGUUAGCUUCAUGGAGCCGCUCAGUGGUGAGUCUGUAGCAUAAAAACGUUUUUCCUUACUCUGUCUUCUAGCUGGCUGGUUGAUGGCUUCUCCUGUCCUGAUUCAGCUGCUAUGCUGAACGUCUGGAAUGUGAUGACUGGGAACCAAAGCUUGUUCCAGCAGAGUUUUAUUCUAUGAUUACGCACAGCUGGACUAGAGCCACGUGUCCAAAUCCUCCAACUGCAGAUUAGCUUUGGGAUUAAUGAGGAGACACUUUGCUUCAUGUUAAUUAUUGAACCUUGUCCAGGUUCUGUUUGCCCAUUCCUUCCCAAAUAUUCUCUCUUUCAUUGGGUCAGUUCAGCUUUUUCAUGAUGAAGUGGAGGUACCAGGGCCAGUCCUAGAACAUUAGGCACCUUAGGCAGCCACCCAGGUCACCUGUGGGAUGGUCCACCACUGCAUGGUACAAAGAAAUUCCUCCCUUUUCCACUUUUAGGGCUCUGAGGACAUGAUCUAAAGGAUGUGGAUUUUAUUGGAAUCACCUCAAAUGCCCUUCAGACACCAUCAUGUCAUUAAAACUAGGAAUGCUGUGAUCAAAACUCCUGAGCCAACACAAACUUGGUUUCUGUUUGACAUCCCUCACUCACAUAUUUAUGGAGGGACUCUGGCUUUAACCUGCUAAGGGGCUCUCCAGACAUCACACUCUGACCUUUGAGUGAACUUAUGGGGAGUUCCUCCUCAGUGGACAGGGUUCCAUGUAAAUAUUCAUUCUCUCUGCAGGAUGAUGGUUCCAUACAGUUUGGAAAUCACAUUUAAGAUAAUAAUCUUAAACAUCUACCAUUCUAAUUCCCUAUUGGUUGUACCAAUGCGUUCAGGCACAGAGGCGUCUGAAACAGGAAGUCUGGUGUUUCCCACAUUAGUCAACAAUUACAUUAUUUUAUAACACCUUUGCCAUUAUGGCUGUAAUUAUUUAAAUUGCAUGUUAUUUAAUAAGCCAUAAGACAAAAGAUUCCAUAGCAAAUAUGAAAUCCACCUUAUGGAUCUGUGAGGUUAUUGUAACCAGAAAAUUGGAACUUUUUAUUGCAGGGAUUAUGUAACACUUCGUAUUAAUUCAGAGACAACAGAAGAGAGAGUCAGGUUUUAAAAGUUUAAAGAUUUAUUACUAAACAAAUUAAAACUAGACUAACUUAAAGGAGCAUGGGGCAGGAUGAAGAAACAAAACUCAUUAGCGACGCACUCGGCGCUGUGAGUAACUGCAGCCCGGCACGAGAGCGCGCACAAACUCUUCACUAGAAAAAAAAAAGUUACAGUGAUGUACGGCCAGAGCGCGGC